AUGCGUGGAGGGCCAUCGCAUCGGUCAGCUUCGCCGCGCCGGCCAACGUCCAGAGCGCAGUCCAAGGCACCCUCCAAGCGUGAAGACUCUCCAGAGGACAAGGCCAAACCCAACUUUGCACCGUCUGGACUGCUCGCGGCUGCUACGAAGACAGUCCAGCACGUAGACGGAACGAGUACAGUGCUGAAGUACCAUGAACCGCCUGAAGCACGAAAGCCUGCAGUCGGGUGGAGAUUAUAUGUCUUCAAGGGGAAAGAACAAGUAGACUUGCUUCACAUACAGCGACAGAGUGCGUACCUGAUAGGUCGAGAUCGAACUGUAGCGGAUCUUGCUAUUGAACACCCUUCGUGCUCCAAACAACACGCUGUGAUUCAAUACCGACAUGUGCAAGAGAAGAAUGAGUUCGGCGAGGUUAAGAGCGCUGUGAAGCCAUUCAUCAUCGACUUGGAGUCCACAAACGGGACGCUCGUUAAUGACGAGAUGGUUCCCACAUCCCGAUAUUUCGAACUAAAAGCGGGCGACGUGAUCAAGUUUGGAGAAUCACAGAGGGAAUAUGUGAUAUUGCAUGAUGAGGUUGCGUGA